AUGAAUCUCAUCGAAAUCGAUUCCCUCGACGCCGUCAUCAUCGUAGACAAUGAACUCGAUCCGCUCUCUUCUCCCCCACCAGACACUGUUGAGGUCUCGGGUUUGAUGGGCAGCCUGGCCAUGAACUCCCCUCAUCCACUCUCCGACAGAGGUGAUGCCUCCCGCGAGAUCCAGAUGGAGGAUAUUUGCUGCUCCGCACAUGGCCUGUCCAUCCUUGUCACUGCAACAAAAGACGAUGUGAAGCAUUCCAUCCUUUUUGAUGCUGGCCCUGAGAAUGACGUCUGGGAGAAAAACGCUCGACGGCUGCGGCCGGAUCUCUCUGCAAUUGAACUGGUUCAACUCUCCCAUUGGCAUCGGGAUCAUUCAGGUGGCCUCCCUCGCGCCGUCAAAAUGAUCACAGACGCCAAACAAGCCAAAGGCCGUUCGGACGAGCUGCUAGUGGAUCUCCAUCCUUCUCGUCCCGACUAUCGCGGCUUCAGCAUCGGCGAGACCAUCGUCUCGUUUCAAGCAGACCCAACCUUUGAGGAGUUGGAAAAUGCUGGGGGAACGGUACGUAAACAUGCGGAAGCCCAUACCGUUCUGGACGAUUUCUUUUUAAUCUCGGGCGAGAUCCCUCGCCAGACGUCCUAUGAAACCGGUGUUAAAUCGGGCAUGCGCUUUGUCAAAGAGGACAACGACUGGAUCUCAGACGAGCUGAUUGCAGAUGAACGGUUUCUCAUGUGUAAUCUUAAAGGCAAGGGCAUUGUCUUGUUCACCGGCUGCAGCCACGCGGGUGUAGUCAACUGCUCUCGACAUGCUAUUGAAAGCCUCGGUUGUUCGGUGCCUCUCCAUGCAGUGGUUGGCGGUUAUCACCUGGCCACCAGCGACGCCAGUCAGAUCGAAAGCUCCGUGCGGGAUCUCAAGAAGCUCGACCCUGCCGUGCUUCUAGCCGGCCAUUGCACGGGCUGGAGGGCCAAGUUUGCCAUUGAAAGGCACAUGCCGGGGGCGAUGGUGCCUUGUACGGUGGGAGCUAAGAUUACCUUCUAG